CUGCCACUGUGAGAGACAAGGAUACAGGUGUCAUUAUCAGGAAUCUCAAUCCCAUUUCCGCAAUUCCAAAGAAAUUCCCCACUCUUCUCCUUCUUCUUACUCCCCCCUUUCUCUCUCUACUGGCACCCCCUCUUCCGCCAUCACCACGCGCCACUUACUCACUCUGAAACACUCACAGUAAGUCACACAAAUUGUAUAGUAUAGGAGAAGUGAGGAGCUUCUUCAUCCUUUCGUUCUGCAGCUUCUCUCCCUCCUUCUGUGAGAAAUGGGGACCCGUACCCCUUCGCACCAGCUCAGUAGUGGGCUGUACGUCUCGGGUCCACCCGAGCAGCUCAAGGAGCGCCAACCCACAAUGGCCUCCCGCGCCGUUCCAUACACCGGCGGUGACCCCCAGAAAUCCGGCGAGCUUGGCAAAAUGUUCGAUAUUCCCUCCUCGAAUGCCCCACCUCUGAAACCUUCGCGUCCCUCUUCGUCUUCUCAGCAUAGCAGUGGACAAGUGCGAUCCGCAUCCAGCUCCGGUCCAAUUGGAAGGCACAGCGGUUCGGGUCCGAUGCCAAAGAAGUCGUCCGGCCCGAUUCCGCUUCAGCCCACAGUUCUCAUCACCUCGGGUCCAGCAGGAUCCGGCCCCUUGGGUUCGUCGGGUGGCGGGAGGAGGUCGGGUCACCUGGAACAAGCAGGUUCGGUCGGCAAGACGAUUUACGGCGCCGCCGUGACGAGCUUGAACGACGAAUUGAAUGUCGGGUUCAGACUUUCUAAAGCGAUUGUGUGGGUAUUCAUGGUGUUGGUUGCAAUGGGCCUGCUUGUGGUGUUUUUGAUGGUGGCGGUGAAGAAAGCGGCGAUUCUGGUGGCUCUUGGGGGAAUUGCCGUGCCGGUUCUGGUUUUGUUUGUUUGGAACUGCGCUUGGGGAAGACGAGGGCUCUUAGGGUUUGUAAAACGGUAUCCUGAUGCUGAGCUUAGGGGCGCAAUUGAUGGACAGUACGUGAAGGUCACCGGGGUCGUAACCUGUGGCAGUAUUCCUUUGGAAUCUUCUUACCAAAAGGUAACAAGAUGUGUAUAUGUCUCAACAGAAUUAUAUGAAUACAGGGGGUGGGGAGGAAAAUCAGCAAAUCCUAAACACCGCUGUUUCACUUGGGGUUCUAGAUAUUCUGAGAAAUAUGUGGCGGACUUCUACAUAUCGGAUUUCCAGUCUGGGUUAAGGGCAUUAGUGAAAGCAGGCUAUGGUGCCAAGGUAGCUCCUUUUGUGAAACCAGCCACUGUAGUUGACGUAACAAAGGAGAACAGGGAAUUAUCUCCAAAUUUCUUAAGCUGGCUCACGGACCGUAAACUCUCUAGUGAUGACCGCAUAAUGCGCCUCAAGGAAGGGUACAUCAAAGAAGGGAGCACCGUGAGUGUGAUGGGAGUAGUUCGUCGGCACGAUAAUGUGCUCAUGAUUGUUCCAUCACCAGAGCCCGUGUCCACAGGUUGUCAGUGGGUCCGCUGUCUUCUGCCCAUGUAUGUGGAUGGUCUGGUUGUCACAUGUGACGAUAAUCAAGACGCCGACGUAAUUCCUGUCUAGAAACUCUCCUCGCCUUCUGCUUGCUUGCUUGGUCACCAUGCUGAAAUGACAGAAUCUGGAGAAACGCUUUGUUCCAGAAUCCGAGUUUCAGAAACGCUUCCUGGAGUUAUUGUAAAUUGGGUUGGAAGAUGCAAUGACGAUUGAAGAAUACUAAUGAGGAUAAUAUCAUGUGAUCCAUAUGAUGUAAAAAGAUGCUUAUGGAAUUCCGUUCAGAUCCGCUCUGCAAGUAGCUUGGAAAAGAUGCUCAUUUUCUUUAUGCCCUUCUCAUGUAAAUAUUAUAAGCAGCUCUCGUGUUUCUUCUGUUAAUUCUUGCUUCUAUGUACUGUUGGUGCUAAUAAAAGUAAAAAUGUUAAUGGUUAA